UGGCUAUGUAAAUUAUAUACAUCUGGAGAAAUAGCGUGCAAGUGAGCGUCGUUUUGUAGUUAUCUGUCGCAAUGACUGAGGGUUAGCGUGAGGUGAGGCUCAGUGGGUUGUUUUCGGUACGUUGAAGACGAGAUGUACGCGCCGACGUGACCUUGACGUCACGGCGACGUUCGGUGGCAACCGGGCCGUAAAAGCUGCGGCGGUGGCGUGUGCGUCGGCGCGUGCGUGGGUCGGGAGAAGCUCGGCGGCGUGUACGUGCGAGUGCGUCCACGCGCAGAAGAUGCUGAACAUGUGGAAGGUUCGAGAGCUGGUGGACAAAGCUACCAACGUGGUGAUGAACUACUCCGAGAUCGAGUCCAAGGUGAGAGAGGCCACCAACGAUGACCCCUGGGGGCCAUCUGGUCAGCUGAUGGGGGAAAUAGCCAAGUCCACGUUCAUGUAUGAGCAGUUCCCCGAGGUGAUGAACAUGCUGUGGACAAGGAUGCUGAAAGACAACAAGAAGAACUGGAGGCGCGUGUACAAGGCGUUGCUGCUGCUGGCCUACCUGAUCCGGAACGGAUCCGAGCGAGUUGUGACCAGUGCGCGAGAACACAUCUACGACCUGAGAUCUCUGGAGAACUACCACUUCGUGGAUGAGAACGGCAAAGACCAAGGCAUCAACGUUCGUCAGAAGGUGAAGGAGAUGGUGGAGUUCGUCCAGGACGACGACAGACUCCGAGAGGAGCGCAAGAAAGCCAAGAAGAACAAGGACAAAUACAUCGGGGUCUCUUCGGACAGCAUGGGGGGCGGAGGAGGAAGCUCGAAGGACGCGUGUGAGCUGGAGCGCAGCAAAUGGGAGGAGGACUGGGACAAGAGCCGAGCGGCGUUCCCUUUCAGCGAGAAGCUCGGCGAGAUCGGCGAGAAGAUCGGCAGCACCAUCGACGACACCAUCAGCAAGUUCCGCAAGAAGGAGCGAGACGACUCCCCGGACAGGAUCAGCGACAACGAGGACGACGGAGCGUCCGGGAACGGCCGGCGGGAAGCCCGCGAGUUCAAAGACGAGGAGGAAACGCUCACCACCAAGAGCAUCCACAUCGCCCGGGCCACCGAGACCACCACGCGCAAACGCAGCGGCGCCCCCGCCAACAAGACUUUGGACCUCGGCGCCGCCGCCCACUACACCGGAGGCAAGAGCCCCGACGACGACGGCGGCGACGAGGCGUCCGUCAGGCGGCCGUCCGGCGGGGGCCUGGCCGACCUGCUGGUCAUCCACCCGUCGGCCAAUCAGAGCUCUGCUGCAGGUAAGUCUUUGACCGUGUGUCUGUCUGUGUGCGCGCGUGUGCUUGUCACUGUGCGUGUGCGCGCGCCACCAGGUGGAAGCUCGAACGACCUCAUCGGCGGCUUCGCUGACUUCUCGUCUCCAGCGGCAUCUGCCAGCCUGCCCGUCUCCACCGCCGGGGCCCCGGUCAACGGGAGCGCAGAAUUUGGAGACUGGAGCGCCUUCGCCAACGCCGCACCGUCGAGCUCCGCCUCCUCCCGGCCAAUCGCCGACCUGCUCGGCACCCCGCCGCCGUCGAACCCCGCCUCCAAACCCGCCUGCAUCCCGCCUUCCGCCGAGCUCUUUGACCUGAUGGGCGGAGUUAGCCAGCCGCUGGCCAACGUGCACGCGGAGCUGAGCGCCUCGCAGAGUUUGACCUUCUCGUCCGUCGCCGUGCCGACCUUGCCGACCUUGCCGCUGUCUCGCUCCCAGCAGAGUCUGGGGGGUUUGACGUCUCAGCCGCAGCGGAAGGUCGGGGUCGGAGGUCGGGGAUCUUUAGGCUCCACCUGGUCCGACCCGUCCGUCAACAUAAGCCUGGACUUGUUGUCGGCCGGCCUCGACCCCGCAAAGUCCCAGGCCGCCCUCGACGACAUCAUGCGGCUGCAAGGCGCGCCUCCCGUCCACGUGCUGUCCGACAACUUCGGAGGCCUCUGCCUCAGCUCGCCGCCGUCGCUCGCCGUCGCGCCCCCCAGACCUCUGGCGACUGCGGCGCCUUCACUGACAACGGGCGCGAACACGGGCGUGGCCGCUCCCGUCGCGAUGGCCGCGCACUCGGUGAUGAUGACUCCGGCGAAGCAACAUGCCUUUUCGAACUUUGGCAACUUUGGAAAAUAAAUGGAUGCGCGUGGGCGUGCAUGUGUGUGCGUGUGUUGAAAUGAGGCGAGCGUGACCCACUGGAGAAGUGUCGCAUCCGAGGACAAAACGUGCAUGCGUCGUGGCACCGUGGCGGGAGGGGCAGCACGGGUGGCGUGCCCCUUUGCACUCUGUGUCGCCCAGCUUCACUUGGAACCCUCCCGUUCGGGGAGAAAGAUUCAUGCGCUCCUUUUCCAUAUACACAACCCACCACAAGUUCCAGGAUGGACCUAAAAUGCACUUUAACCUUUACAGGUUGACUUAAUUUUCACUACUUUUUGCACAACUUAAUCUUCUCCAACCAAGAGCCGAACAGGAAAAUAAUUUCCCCCCCCCCUCAAUUCCCCAAGACUUCCACAUCUGUGCCUUUCUGUGACUCUUCCAGUGGAUUUCCUUGUCGAAUUAGAAUGGUUAUUUAAACCGUCGUCUUCAUCAUGCUGUCGACAAUUUUGACAUCAUGAGACCCAAGACGACACCGAACAAACGAGAGGUGGCUGCUGAGUUUAGAGUGUCAGCAGCGGGUUGCAACAGAGAGACCGGAAGAGUCGCAAAAAGGCACACAAGGAGACGUCCUUGGGAAUGUUUGAGUCUGUUCAAAAUGUGAACAGCAUGAUGAAAAGGCCUUUAUAUACCAAUUCUAAUUGAACGAGAACAUCAUUUGGAAGAGACUGGAGGAGUCACAGAAAGGUAUAGAAGUGGGCGUCCUUGGAAAUGUUCAUGGAUCAAACACCUGUUGUGACUUUUGCUAUUCAGAACACUGAAGAGUUGAAUAUGUUAAAUGAAAGUUGAACCUAUGCAGGUUGUGACACACCGGAGGUCAUUCACCCCGAAUCGCAAUACCGCGACCUUUUUGUGAGUCGUCUAGAAACUCGUCCGGACAAACGUCCCUCCACCCAGCACCGAUUCCACGAAGGACUCUUCCAGACGUCCGGAAGCGUGCGCACCGUCCAAACUUGGGGAAAUAAUAUCGUGGAAGGAAGGAAUCCGGAUGGAUGAUCUUGUAGCGAUGGACUCACGCUUACGAGAGCCAAUCUGAACAUUUGUGCUUGUAUGAAUAUGUGUGUGCGUGCUUGACUUUGUUUGACGCGCGCACCCUCAGCUAAGCAGAGCCUUUUGUGUGCUCUCAAUGACCAAAUCUUUAUUUUGUUACUCUCAGAAGGACGAUUCCAUAGAUUUUAGUUUAAUUAACAUUGUUCAUGAUUGUGUUCUUUUUUUCAGUACAGCCUGUUUCAAUUGUAUAUUUCAUGUACUUUAUUCGACAUUCAAUUAAAUUAUAACACAUAAACAUCGA